AUGCCAGGUCAAGUCGCGUUUGACGCUGUCUUAGAGAUGACAAUGAGUAGCAAUUUAGGAUUCAUGAAAGCGGGCGGAGACGUUGACGGCGUUCUGAAGCAGCUGCAAAAGGAUUUGGAUUACCGGGGUAUUGCCCUGGCAAUGCCCAUUAUUGACCGGAUCUGGCGACUGAACCCAAUCAGCAAAUUCUUCAAGCCAAAACAAUCUGGGCACUUUGCCAUGAGGUGUAAGCGUAUCUUGGAAGACCGGAUUGAGGAAGAAAAGUCCCAUUCAGGAGCCAUCCGACAGGACAGGCCACACGAUUUUGCUCACCGUUUCUUGGAGGCGCAGAGAAAAGACCCUAGCAUUUCGGAUGGGCAGUUGAUAGGCUAUAUGCAAGCGAACCUCAUCGCUGGCAGCGACACGACAGCCGUUGUUAUGCGGACGGCAAUAUACUACUCGCUCAAGAACCCAUGGAUAUACAAGCGGAUCGUCGACGAGUUAGACACGAAGCAUAACGGCGUACUUCCCAUUCCUUUCCGGGUAGCCCGAUUUGAAUUGCCGUUCUGUGGCGCUGUUGUCAGGGAAUCCCUCCGCAAACACUUUGCCUUUAUUGGAAUGAUGGAACGUGAGACCCCGCAGCCCGGAGUACAGCUGCCUGAUGGCCACUGGCUAGCAGGUGGAAUUGUUAUAGGUAUGCAUGGCGAUCUAAUUGGGAGAGAUAAGGGAAUAUUCGGUGAAAAUGCAGAUGAAUUCAACCCGCUUCGUUGGCUGCCUGCCCCUGGCGAGCAGGAUGCACAGUACCAGGCGCGCCUGAAUGUAAUGAACGCUCACGAUUUGGCAUUUGGGCAUGGUCCCAGGGGCUGCAUUGGAAAACACGUUGCCGAAAUGGAAAUCUACAAAUUCAUCCCCACAUUCUUUUCCCUUGUCAAGGUUAGAAUUCGCCCAAAGCUCUGCUCGUCUAAUUUGGACUAUGUCUCGUAG